CCGGGCGGAGGGGGCUCUCGGGGCAGGGCGAGGCGGCCGCGAGCGGCGCCGCAUGACGCGUCCGCAGCCCGGCGAGCGGCUCACGGCGGCCCGCGGCCUGCAGGGGCCUUCGCUGGGGAACCGGAACUGGCACCUCAGGCACCGCGCUUCACCCCUCGGGCCUCCGCGCGCCUUUCCCAGCGGCGCCGCUCAUGCACUGCGCACGCGCCCGUUCGCCGGCCUCGCUCGCAGCUCCGCCUCCUGGGUCCGCGUUGGCCAAUGACGCAGCGAUUUGUUUUAAACGAGGCCACGCCCCCUCGCUCCUCCGAAGCGGCCCUCGCUGCCGAUGCCUUUUACUCUCACGAUCUGGCCGGUGAUAGGCGCGCGUUCAAAUAGAGGAAAAAAAGCUCCCGCUCUGGGCCGUGAUUGGUCGGGCCGGGGGAAACAUCUCGCACUGAUUGGCCGGCGCAGGAAGAGGAGUUAAAGAGCUUGAGGAACUGGGCUGGCUUGGCAGGCGGAUGAGGCUGAAUGGAGGCGCUGGAAGCGUUGUUGCCCGUAUCGUAGGCUCAGCUAACUGUUAUGAAUGACACAAAGAAUGUUAAGAUGCAGAUUGCUCCAGGAACGCCCAGACAACUGCCAGUCCGAAACCCCUUCGAAAGUCCAAGUGAUCAUAGCCAUCUGCAGGAGCAGAUGGUGUUAAGCCCAACACUUUUUAAAUCCACAAACUCCUCCGCGACUCCAGGAAAAUUUAGAUGGUCUAUAGAUGAACUUGCAUUAAUAAAUCCUGUGGAAAUCGACUCUGAAGACAUACGCCGUCAAGCGUUGUAUUUAAGCCAAGCCAGAAUCGAUAAAGAGAUGGAAGAAAAAAGACAAAAAGCCAUUGAAGAGUUCUUCACCAAAAGCAUCAUUGUUCCAUCUCCUUGGACAGAUCACAACGGGAAACAAGUUUCUCAACUGAGCUCAACGCGAUGUAUUAAUCUAAGUGAUGCUUCACCAGUUGGCAGAGAAGCCAUCAUACAGCCUGGGAAAAGUAAUGCUGCUUGCCAGACUGUGUUAUCUCUACCUGUAGAUUUCGACAUGGAGAAAAUACUAGGCGAAUAUUAUAAACCUGAUGAAUUGGCCGACCAGUCUCAGGAGAGCCUCAGUACCUCCUCACUGAGAAGAAAGCUUUUUUUAGAUGAGAAUGGGAGUCUGUCGUCUGAGAACUUCUCCCCUUCUCCUCAAAGCUCACCCACCGUUCCAGCCUCCCUUGGAAUUCUGUGUUCCAUAGACAUCUCUCCGGUCCGCUGUCGAAGUCCUCUAAACACAUCUAGCUCGGGCCAGUUUUCUUCCAGCCCUAUUCAGGGAGGUACGAGGACCUACAGUCUGGGCAGCCUGCCCAGCCCUUCCUUUCCAGAGGGAAACUCCGCCAACAUUGCUUCUCCGACUUUCUCCCCCAUUGGGAUUCAGAUAAAGAAGAAGUCUCUGACAGAUCAACGGCAGUUUACAUUUCGCUCUCCGGACAUUCCUGCUGUUUCAAGCUCAUGUCGGUCCACUCCUGCUGGUCCUAGGAAUUCUUAUACAGAAUGUUCUCCGUUGAAAAAUCCUUCUCCCGUGAGACUGGUGGCAUGCCGGGGAGCCGCACGGUACCAGUCUUCCCUGUCCCGUCUGCCUUCCAUGCCGGAGAGUUUCGGUAAAGAGCAGGAGGAGGGAGCAAAGGCAUUGUCUGCAGAAAUGCCCUUGCCGGCAGAGGCAACAAUCAAUCUGCACCAGUUCAGUGGGGAUGGCUUUGCGCCUGGUACCCAUCUGGUGGUUGCUACGGUGUCCAUUUCACCAGACCGUUCCCAAGCCGACCAGCAAGGGCUGGCGUUGUUCCACGGCCUUGAAAGUUUCAAGGAGAACCAUACAGUGGAGAUGGCGGAUCCGGAGGCGGUGGUGGGUGAGAAGAGAGCCUCUGAGGAGGGUGGCAUGCCAGCAGCCGGCUUGAAUCUGGAAGGGUCUUGUAUUUCCAUGUCAGCCAUGGCGGAAAGCAGUGGCAUCCCCUGUGACAGCAUCAGCCUCCAGGUGGAUAGUGGCUACAACACCCAGACGUAUACUAGCAGUCUUAUGGAUACCAUGGGACCCGAGACCAGUUGCAGAGAGAAUGAUGUCCAUGCCAACGACACUCAGAACAAAUUUCAGGUUUUCAAAGCAAAGAAUGGAAAAGCCAUUCCAAGAUACUGGACUGAAAAUGAGCCCGCUUGUAAACCCAGUAGUCACUUCCUAGAAAUGCCUUUGUCAAAGUGAUCCAUACAUGACUUGGACUCCUGAAUGGAUGUGUGGACAGACCUUGCAAAGAACCCAGGGUGGUAUUCUUGAGUCACGUACGAUGGACUGGCAGGUGCUUUCCACCAGAGUCAUUGUUAAAUGAAUAGCUGGGGGAAACUGCUGUCAUCUCAGAAAUACAGGCCUUGUCAGUAACACAACACCAGCCACUUGGCAUCCAGGAAACACAUAACCCCGUGGUUCUCAAAUGGCAAUGUGUUUUGCAAGGAUGGUUCUUGGUGGGUCUGUUCACAUGCCCACUAAGAUUUCUCAGCAAGGGAAAGGCUACCAUAGUUAGGCAGAUCAUGGUGCCUGAACACACAGCUUCAAGUAAUUCAUUUCUCUCAAAGAUCUGAACCAGGUGUUGCGAGUAUCAAAAAUUUCUGCAAUGACGCCAACAUGAUUAUCUUGUUUUCCAUGAAAAUACAUAAAAUUUGUAGGCAACUGCAUUAACUCUUUGAAAUCUCUUGGAAGAUUUUGCUAAGGAGCAGAUCCACUAUGCCACAAUACAUUGCUUUUAGUGAACUGUGGUUCUUAGAUAUAUUUAUGCAAUAUAUAGAAAUGUGGAGUUCUUACAUAAAAUGCUGUUGUUUACUAUGAAUUUGCAAAGCAGCCUGGCUUUAAAUAUACGUGAACAUCUAUUGCACAGUGAUUUUAAAAAAAACACAUUGACAUGAAAUAUUGAUCAAUAAAAUUAAGACUUCUCACA